CAGCAUUGACAGUCCUUAUUGAUAGCAAACUAACUUUAUCAUGCAGUAUCGCUGGCGGAAUUUAUCCCGGAUGGACAGGGCCUGCUGAUGAUGGGAACACGUAUGCUUAUUGCUAUCAAGGAGAUCCUACUUUUAACCCUAAUCUUGGUGCUGACAAGUUAAGCCGCCUUAAAUGGGCAAGCAAUAAGAUAGAUCUACUGUUGUUAAAUGUGAAGAGAUCGGAUGAAGGAAGAUAUUCAUGCGUUUAUGUUGGAGCAUCGAGUGGAACAACGUCAUUUAAUCUUACCGUCGUUAUACCGCCAUCUCUACCUGUUAUUUCCAAUACAGAGUCUGAUGAUAUAGUCAGAGGUUCAGAGGGGACACCUCUCACAUUGAUGUGUACAUCACCAGGAGGAUACCCAGUGCAUACUGUGAACUGGUACCAAGGGAAUACAUCUGUCGUGCAAUCGGGAUCUCCGUCUGUGACAGAGAGCAAUGGCUUGUACAAUGUGUCACGAUAUGUAACAUUCACUCCAACCAGUGCUGAUGAUGGAAGGAUAUACAUUUGUCAGUCGUUUUAUUCAGGCUAUCCGCAACUCUUACAGUCCAGCAGUGUACGUUUUAUACUUAAUCAGCGACCACAUAUUUCCCCUAUACUGUCCCAAACAGCCGUUGAAGGGUCCUCACAUACGUUACCAUGUGAAGCUCAAAGUAAACCUCCCGCAACCUUCCGCUGGUACAAGAAAGGGCUCAAUGACAUCAUAUAUCAGACGUCUGGUACGAUUGCAUUUAACCAGGGACCAUACACGAUAAGCCUAGUGAAACGGUCACACUCAGGGAUAUACACGUGUACAGCAGAUAACACCAUAUUGAGCAGGGACGAAAAAGACGUUACACUGACAGUGCAGUAUCCCCCUGAUGUCACAGUUGUUGUUGAGAACACAACAAGCUUGAUGAGCGAAUCUCGAUUGAUUUGUAAAGCCUCUGGUGUGCCUAAUACAUACACAUUCCACCCGACGUGGUCACAACAUUGGCCUGAGUAUGGAAAGAUCAGGGACUGGACUGGCAGUUUAAAUACACUGACACUGAGCAAUCUUACUUACGCACAUUCUGGAUACUACACCUGCUCUGCCACCAAUGGUAUACACGUGUCUGGAACUGGCCAUCAAUACAUGCCCGGAUCGGGGUAUCUGCUUGUGAAAGAUGCACCAGUCAUCACAUUCCCAGCUGAUACUUCACACAGAAUUGCCUCUGACCUAGGGCAAAAAGUAUCUUCGACUCUUUAUGUUUACUCGAACAGUGGGGAUGUAAAUGUUUCAGUAUUCAAAGUCCUGAACGACUCUAGAGGAGCAUCUUCUGUAGGAUCGGUCAACAUCUCAUAUUUAACUGUACAGCUGCCUGUGUUUAACAACAUAGUUCCCAUGUGGGGCUUUCUGGUCAAUAUUUCACUGUUCAUGGAGGAGGCAGAAGACUUUGGAGUGUAUGAAGCAAUAGUAUCAAAUGUGAUAGGAAACAGAACCUUACGCAUCAAUAUUGAAACACAAGAAAAUACAGCAACUGCUGGAAGUUUCGUUGCAAGUAUAGCAGGGGGAGUAAUUGGUGGCAUUCUGGUCUGUGCCAUUAUUGUUUUGUCUAUUAUUUUAUUAUGGCGUCGAGACGAGAUUCAGUGUUUUUGCAAAAGAAGAGCUCUUCAAAAUGAAGGCACUUACGAGGCAUCACAUGCAAGGCCUGAUAACAAUGAGCACCCGUAUUCUGGGUGUCAAAAUCAACCCAGGAUUGAAAGCACCUCGCAUUUUGAUACAAAUUCGUUUCCAACGAAUGGCCAGCUAUACGAGCAACUACGUAAGCUUGUGUUUGAAUUAACCACUGUUUAA